AUAACCUUAAAACUUGGAACAUUCAUCUCUCUCUCUUACUCUUUUUCGCAGUGGCACUGCCAUGAACAAGAAAAGAAAGCACACGUAAACUUGGCCUAAUUAAAAAUGGGAGGUGGAGAGAAUAGCUACCAUAUCUACAACUACAGUUUCAGUGCAUGGGCGCCAAUAGGAGCGCCAUUGAACAACGUGCAGAGAGAGGAUCACUGGAGACACUUCGACAACUCCGUUAAUGCGGUGUCGUUUGGUUUUGUAGCUACUGCUAUUCUCAUCUCUAUGUUCUUGGUCAUGGCCAUUUUUGAAAGAUUCCUUCGACCCACUUCACCUACUGGUAACCACACGCAUGGUGAUCUUGAAUCCCAGUUGCCCUUCAAUCCCAAGCUUGGCUACCCAUCACCCAAAAUGACUGUAUAUGCCAAUGGUGUUUCUGUGUUGAUGCCUGGAGAUGACAUCCCUACUUUCAUUGCGCACCCCGCUCCAGUCCCUUGCCCUCCAGAACGCAUUUCUUGGCCACACCAUCAACAUCACCCUUUGUCCAAUUCCACCAUUAACUCAAAUUCAAACUCAAGCUCUAUACAAGAAGACUAAUACCCGAGAAACGGCUGCAUGCUACAUUUCAAGUCAUAUUCCUGAUGACUAAAGGAAAACUAUUUGUGAAGACAAGCAAGGAUGUUGGAUAUGCACUAGGUGUUGCCUUUUUUCAACUUUUUCACCCUUGUGCUAUUUAUGUUUUGUACAUAGCAUUAGUUAUUGAUGGGUGGCAUGUCUGAAACAGAACCAGGCUUCCACCUAGAGUCAGCUAUAUGUUCAAAAAUUUUCCAGUAUGCGGUUGCAUAAUUAUGGUCUUCUGGAGCCAUCAAAUG